GACUAUCACAGUCAGGCCCAAGGUCAGGCCCACGCGGUGCGUUGUUGGGGGACUCGUUGCAGUUGUUGUUGCAGCUGAGAGGGGUUGUGUGAUGUGUGGUAGUUACUAGUUACUGCUCCCCCAAUUCGUGUGAUACAGUGAUAAUAUGGGUGCAUUGUGAUUUUUUAUUACUGGCAACUUGGGAAAUGGCUGAGAACGGACGUUAUCCUUUGCAUAUUGAAGAUGAAUCAGAUUCGGACGCUGAAAUAUUCAUCGCGCCCACUCCGAUUCCGGCAAAAUCGAAAUCAAGCACAGUUGCAAUAGAUUCAGUUCAGGAUGCGUCGGCCCGAACAUCGUCUGCUCCCGCGGCGGGAGUGCGGCGGUGGCCGCUGUCCGACGUCCCUGUGGAGGUGCUCCCUAGUGAAGAGGAGACGGACGGCUGGACCACAUCUGCCGAUGAUCUGUCGUCAGACGGCCGGCUCCGAUGACGAGCGCCGCUGAGGGGGAGGCGGGCCGGCCGGUGAAGCUCGGUAUCCGCCUGUCUCCACCCUGUCUGCUGCUGGUGUACCGACCGGCGCGGAGCGGUGCCGCCCUGCGGCUCCGCAAAAUGCCCGUCAAAAGUCUGACGGCCACGAGCAACUGCGCGCGCGUGGCCCAGGAGCUGCGCGAGCGGCACCGGCCGCACCUGGACGCCGUGCCGCAGAACAAGCUGCUCAAGAUGCUACGCGUCCUGCAGGAGGGUCUGUCCGGAGGACGCGUCGAGGACAUCCUGCCCCGGGUGGAGCUCGAGUUCCGGGUCGACCCUGACGAGGACCUGAACCAGCUGUCCACGGAGCUGCUGGACCGCAAGAAGGCCGCUAUGGACGAACACUUUAACCGGCAGGUGGUGCGUCCCGACCAGCCCGAGUUCGUGUAUGAUGUGCGCCAGGACUUUGAUGGCCCCAAACAGCACAGCGGCUGGGAUGAUGACGGCGAUGACUGGUGAAGGGAUGAGUGGCAAAUUGUGUGCGUGCCGCGUGGUGUGUCGGGUGGGGCGUUAUAAACUGAGUGACGUACCGAGGUUGUAGACCUAGGACCAUUAGCGUUCAGCUGGGUGUUUUUGAUGCGGCGCCGAGAGAGGUUGCUGAAUGCCGAUGUUUUGUCGAUGCAUUUUGGCUAAAUAUAAUUGCAUAGGGGAAGUUGGGGCAAUGCCGGAGUUGGGGCAAAGCCGAAAUUCGAGAUAUUUCGAAAACCGUAAGACAUGGAUGCCACCUGUCAGUGAUGCUCUGAAGCUUAAGUGACUACAAUUAUCGCAUGUUUGUUACGAGUCGUCAUUCGGAAUACUUCGGCUGUGAGGGCGCCAAGAGCGUUUUCAAGGUACGCGUUCAUUGUACUACAUGCGCCUUUGAAGCUGCAUUUCUUACUCAUUAUGCUACCGUUUGUCUGGCCAAUUCGGUCAAGUAAUCUUCAGCAUGUCUUUGCAUAAGAGUGCUGCCUAUUUGAAAUUUAUACUGCACGUUGAAAAGUUAUGGGCCUGCAAAUGAAAGUAUGGCUGGCUGGGGUAAUGCCGAAAACGUGCAAUUACGCACGUUAAAGCACGCUACGUGGACUUUACUGCUGUAGAAUAGCAACGCGAAUUUUUAGUCACACAAAUUACACUUUCAACCGACACAACGGCCUGUUACCUAUAAGGAAUUAUUUACCUGGCAUUUUCUUAUUAUAUCACACAAUUAUAACUUCCUGUGUGCACCAAGCGUCCUCAAGCUUUUAACCCUCGCACGACCAGGCCAUUUCUCAUAACACGAACGACCAGGGGGGGGGGGGGUUGUUACGACCCCCCUGGCGUUUCGAAACGGAAGGUCGUAGAGCUUAGCGGAAAAAACCAACGGAUUGCUCUCAACGAGAUCUCGCGAUUGGUGGUAUAUUUUUUUGGUCCUAGGUCAACAUUUGACCUACUUAUGACCGGUCAAAGGUCAAAUUUUCCGAAAAAAUCAAACUUUUUCAACUUUGCGCAACGAUUGCGGCAAAACGUUGAGAGAUAUUAACUUCAAACCUUCAACAACGUAUUCCCCACUCAAUUCUGCAUCAUAUAUGGUGUUUUUGGUGUAUUUACCCUAUAAAAGUAAGAGGCCUAUUGCUGAUGAGUGAUAUGGUGUCACAUCACCCUCCGGUGUUUGUCCCGAUUCGUCGGCUGUUGACCACUGCUCCGCUAUAAAUACUGUAGGUAACGACUCAGAAAAGAUAUGUGGAUAUCCACUGCAAUGUGGAUAGCAUCAGCAGAAAACCUCGGGACUCGGUACACACUUGGUGAAAAUCCGGCCGGAGGCUGUACCUCUUAUGACGUCAUAACUCCGUGACCUGACCUGACCCGGUCAAUUUUCUUGCACCACACGAUAGCCAAUGCUUGCCCCAACAUGCAUGGGAAGUUUCAUCAUGAUCCAUCAAACAAUGUGGGUAUCACCGGCAGAAAACCUAGGGAUUCGGCGCACACGUUUGGUAACUGUCGGCCGGAGGCUGUACCUCUUAUGACGUCAUAACUCCGUGACCUGACAUGACCCGAUCAAUUUUUUUUUCGGUAAAAGAUGCGCAAAGGUUGCCCCAGAGGGUAUUGAAAAUUUCAGCCCGCUACGACAAGCCGUUUAGCGUGCACUUCGAAAAAACCUCAGGGGGGGGGGGUUGAUACACCCCCCCCCCCCCUAGGCGUUCUAGGGUUAAAAUGCGUGUCAGCUUUGAUAAAUUCUGGAUAAAGUUUGAGAUAAAGUGGCAAAACAUCAAUGUCGGCAUUCCCCGUAGGUCAUUUCUCCCAUUUUCGGCUUUCCCCGCAGUCCGGGGCAACGCCGAAGAAGUCACUUCUUUGAUAUUUUUAGUUUGUGCGCUUAACGGUAUGCGAAUUCAUCAAAUGCGCCUGGUAUGUUUGAAAGUUAAAAGACUGGCCUCUCGAAUGACGCCAACAAGAAUAGCUUAUGUUGUCUACCUUGCGUGCUACGGGCGUCAGAAAAAAAGUAUUCGGCGUUCCCCCAACUUCCCCUAUUGCAAAAGUGAACCGAUGUUGACGUUUCACUGUCGUCAUAUUUCGGCAUUAGCCUCUGAAUGUGACUUAAUCUGCUGUAGACCGAAUAGUCUACAGCAGAUGAAUGUGACAUGACCUUUUCGAGUAUGGAAAGAGGAUGUCGUCUGUCUUAUUUUCGGUUCAAAAUUGAAAGAUUUUAUAGUAACCUAUGAUCAAGAGUGCAGCCGCAGCAUCCGUGGUAGCUUCUAUUGGCGAGCAUACCUAACUAUUGGGUAAUGCGAAAGCCAGAAGCUGUGAUAUCUAGCCGAAAACCAGCAGACUGUUAACUACUGGCCAACAUUAGCUGUGCGAUGCGGGGGCACGGCCGAUGAUAACGCGUUCGGCGCGAUACGGCCGAUCGGACGGAGGGGUCCGGCGCACAGGUGUGCCGCACAGGUGCCGCGGCCGCCAUGGAGCACAGCCGCGCCGUCCGCUGGCUCCCGCUGCUGGUGCUGGUGCUGGUGCUCUGGGCGGCACCAGCGUGGUGCGCUGGUGACGAGCCUGCUGGGCAGGAGCGUGGCUGCGGAAAGGAGGCCCCAGCGUCGUUCGUCGGCCUGAGAGAGAGCUGUUCCUGUGACAUAGGAUGUGACGUCACGCAGAACCUGGUCUGUGCCGGCGGCGAGUGUAUCUGCCAGCCGGACAGCGUGGUCGUCAACAUGACAUGUCUGCUCAAGAGUCACUAUAACGAGACGUGCGGCGCCGACUCGCAGUGCGCCGACACCCACCAGGCGUGUGACCCUGCCGUGGGCCGCUGCCGCUGUCAGCCCGGCUACACCGAGACCGCCGACAGCCAGAGCUACCUGACGGCCAUCUGCCGACCCGCCGGAGAGCGGGGCCGACUGGGUGAAAACUGCACCACGGUAGCCGACUGCAACUGGCAGCUGGAGCACGCCAGCUGCCCGGCCAGUCAGCGCGUGUGCCAAUGCCAGCCGUUCUACUACGGCGAGACCGGCGGACUCCAGUGCUGGGAACGUAAGUGGAGGCUGCCCUGGGGCUGGUGGAUCGCCGUCUGUCUGCUGUCGGCGGCCGUCAUUGUCAUCGGCCUGGCGCUCAUCAUCACCUGCGCCGUCAAAGAGUGCCUCAGGUCUCACCAGCGCAGUCGCGGCCGGGUAGCGGUUGUCACGGGUGACAUCAGGGACAACCAGCCGCCGCCUCCCUACAUCGCCGUGGUGGACACCAAGUCGGCGGCGUCUGACGCCCAGCAGAGUUACAUGGACAACUACGGGUUCACGGCGUGUGACCUGGAGCCUUACUCCAAGAAGCAGCCACUGUAGCAGUCUGCCAGUCUGGGGACGGAUUGCCGUCUGCAUAAGGCCAGUCAGUCACAGGCGGACUGGUGCCUUAUUAGACCAGUCUGUCAGGGGUGGACUGGUGCCUUAUUAGACCAGUCAGGGGUGUACUGUCGUCUGUCACCCUCAUUGAAUCAGUCCGGAGAUGGGCUCCGUGUGGUUAUGCUGUGUCUGUUGGGAAGAUGGUUAUAAAUCGUCCUCUACCGAGCUAAAUGCAAAGUGUUAUUAAUAGCAAUUCAGAUUCACUUUCCCACCUUCUCAUCAAUUAGCGCCAAUAGUUGUGGAAAGCUGUGAACACCAGACCGUCAUAUUUGUCUCAUAUAUAUGUCUGUACUUUCAAUAUAUUAUAUUCAUGCAUAGACCACUAUAUAUCUGGACUGUGCACGGCUUUUGCCGACUGCCAUUAGGGCCCUGCUGGGAAAUUCGACGUAGCACGCGGAAUUGUGUAUUCAUGCUCUAGUAAGCCCAUUUAAUUGAAAGUAACUGCUUAAAUGUGAUGUAUAUUUUAAUAAAUGCUGAAUUUAUA